AUGUACUCCGCGUUCUUUUCCUGGCUCGCUUUGUGUUUGCCAAAUGCACUUGUGUGUGUUAUUCGAGGACAGUUCCAGCGCUUGGCCAACUUCUACUUCCUGUGCCUGCUCGUGCUGCAGCUCAUCCCGGCCAUCUCGUCGCUCACGUGGGUGACGACGGCAGUUCCACUCAUCGGGGUGCUGCUGCUCACCGCCAUCAAGGACGCCUACGACGACUACUGCAUGCGUUUUAUCGUGGGAGGUGGCGGUGAUCUUCCUCCGCUGGUUGGCGAGGCAACAUGUCGGCUCGCUGUUUUUUUCCUCGACCAGGUAUCUCUCAUUAGCGGGACACCGCCCCAGUCGGGACGAGCUCUAAGCUCCCGGCCGGUCUCCCAGCUAGUGGGUAAGGAUAGAACAAGGAAGAGGAAGGAAAAAUCGCGCGCCCUCGCUAGCCCGUUUGUUUGA